AAGUUAAUGUUAAGCUGCAAUCCUGUGGCCAUUUGGUAAUACUGUGAGAAAUUAACGAGUAUCAGUUUCUUAUAUUUGAUAAAUUUUCAAGAUGAGGGAGAUCAUUAAUCUGCAGGUCGGGGCUUGUGGAAAUCAGAUUGGAGGAAAGUUCUGGGAAGUGAUAUCCGACGAGCAUGGCAUCGACCCGAGCGGUUGCUACCACGGCGACUCGGAUCUCCAACUGGAGCGCAUCAACGUGUACUACAACGAGGCAUCGGGCGGGAAGUAUGUGCCCCGCACUGUCCUCGUGGACCUGAAGCCUGCCACCAUGGACGCCGUGCGCUCCGGGCCCUUCGGCUGCCUCUACCGACCCGACAACUUCGUCUACGGCCAGAACAGCGCCGCCAAUAACUGGGCCCGCGGACACUACACCGAAGGCGUAGAAAUCCUUGAAUCCGCCCUAGACGUAGUUCGCAGAGAAGCGGAGGGUUGCGACUGCCUCCAAGGUUUCCAAAUGACUCAUUCUCUCGGAGGCGGCACCGGCUCCGGACUGGGCACGUUAUUAAUCAACCGCAUACGUGAAGAGUACCCCGACCGCAUCAUAUUAACAUUCUCAGUGUUCCCUAGCCCGAGGGUAUCGGACUGCGUCGUGGAGCCAUACAACACCACCCUGGCGGUGAAUCAGCUAGUAGAAAACGCAGACCACACAUUCUGCUUAGACAAUGAGGCAUUGUACGACAUCUGCUUCCGGACUCUCAAGCUGACGACGCCGACGUAUGGUGAUUUGAAUCAUUUGGUUUGCGCGACGAUGUCUGGCAUCACGACGUGCUUGAGGUUCCCCGGCCAGCUCAACGCGGAUCUGAGGAAGCUGGCUGUCAAUAUGGUACCAUUCCCAAGACUCCACUUCUACACACCAGGCUUCGCUCCGCUGACAUCGAGGGGUGCGCAACAGUACAGAGCCCUGACAGUUCCCGAGUUGACGUUGCAAAUGUUUGACGCGAAAAACAUGAUGGUUGCGUGUGAUCCCAGACACGGAAGAUACUUGACCGUGGCCACGAUAUUCAGAGGAAGGAUGUCUAUGAAAGAAGUCGAUGAACAGCUGGUGAACAUUCAGAAUAAGAACAGCACUUACUUCGUGGAAUGGAUCCCGCAUAAUGUGAAGAUUGCGGUUUGUGACAUUCCACCACGAGGGCUGAAGAUGGCAUCGACAUUCAUUGGUAACACGACAGCGAUCCAGAGCAUAUUUAAGAGGAUGGCUGAGCAAUUCGUGGCCAUGUUCAGGCGAAAAGCUUUCCUGCACUGGUAUACUGGAGAGGGUAUGGACGAGAUGGAGUUCACAGAAGCGGAAAGCAACAUGAACGACCUGGUGUCGGAGUACCAGCAGUACCAGGACGCCACGGCAGACGACGAGGGAGAGUUCGAUGAGGAAGCGGAAGGUGAAGGAAUGGAGGAAUAGCAAUUAAUUUUGGUUUAUACAAUUGUUUGUCCUUGUGUAUGUCUUUGUGUUUGUCC